AUUGCAGUGGCGCGGGGGCGUGCGCGCAAAGGUGAGCUGCUUUUUGAGUUUACUAAAUGACUGCAGCAAGAAACACAGCAGCGUUUGCACGGGCUUACGGGUGACAGGAGACGCGCUGAACGUCGCAAUUUCAUUUUUUCCUAUAAUUCUGGGUUGCACUGAUUGUUGGAAUUCUUAAAAAAUACAAAAAGGAAAAAAAUACAUCUCAGUAUGAAAUCGAAAACGAGUCGCGUCUUCUAAGUGGACCGGACAAUGGAAGUGGCUUCUUGCAGCAGUAUUGGUUCGCCCUUGGGAAACAAGUACACAGGAAAUAAGAGAAUCUGUGAAAGCGCGUUGGUUCGCACCGGCCGGGUUCCUGCGAGCGCGCGCGGGUCCGAAGCGACGCAGUGUAUCGCGGAACGCGUGUCAUUGGAUGCGUAAAGAUAUCAAAAACACUAGCGUAUGCAUUUAUUCCAUAUAACUUCUUUUGGAUUCGCGACUUGGCUAGGAGGUCUAGAGUUGAAAUCCGGACGGUUUAAACUCGGCGUGCACGUGUGAAGCCCGGAUGAAUUCACGGCGCUAGAGUAUUUGGCGCGCCGUUAUGGAUUUGCCCGGAGUGAACGUCUGAAACUGAACUGGAUCGCGUCCGAUCCGGAGAUCCUUCGCUGUGUGCCAGCCGACAUCAGGUGUCAGGAUCAUGAUCACCUCGUUUCUAUGGUCUUAAAAACGUCCCCUCUCUUACCUUUGGAUCUGGUAUACUACAAGCCAGCAGACACAAUAGCAAUCGAUCAUCAUCGCAACUGAGAAAUCGUGCAAGCAAGACCUCAAAGCUGACAGACACAAUGUGUAGAUUAAGCGCACUCGGAAUUUAUUUGUGGGAAACCUUAUUGUUUUUCAGCCUGGCAGCAUCCCAGCAAGCUGCAGCACGGAAAGCUGCCUCCCCUAUGCCCCCUUCAGAAUUCUUGGACAAACUCAUGGGGAAAGUGUCUGGGUACGAUGCAAGAAUCAGACCUAAUUUUAAGGACCCACAUGGCCCCAAAUCGGAUGGUACUCACAAGAAAGGUCCACCUGUGAAUGUAACAUGCAACAUUUUUAUUAACAGUUUUGGAUCCAUUGCUGAAACAACAAUGGAUUACAGGGUGAAUAUUUUCCUGAGACAGCAGUGGAAUGACCCUCGACUGGCUUACAGUGAAUACCCUGAUGACUCCCUCGACCUUGACCCCUCUAUGUUGGACUCCAUUUGGAAACCAGAUUUGUUCUUUGCCAAUGAGAAGGGGGCUAAUUUCCAUGAAGUUACCACUGACAACAAGCUGCUGAGGAUCUCCAAAAAUGGGAAUGUGUUAUAUAGCAUAAGGAUAACACUCAUUCUGGCCUGUCCCAUGGACCUGAAGAAUUUCCCGAUGGACGUGCAGACUUGCAUAAUGCAGCUGGAGAGUUUUGGCUAUACUAUGAACGAUCUGAUAUUUGAGUGGGAUGAAAAAGGUGCUGUGCAGGUGGCUGAUGGACUGACGUUACCCCAGUUUAUCCUGAAGGAGGAGAAAGAUUUACGCUACUGCACCAAACACUACAACACAGGGAAGUUCACAUGCAUUGAGGCCCGCUUCCAUCUGGAGAGGCAGAUGGGCUACUACCUGAUUCAGAUGUAUAUCCCCAGUCUGCUAAUCGUCAUCCUGUCCUGGGUGUCCUUCUGGAUCAACAUGGAUGCUGCUCCUGCUCGUGUGGGCCUGGGCAUCACCACGGUGCUCACCAUGACAACACAGAGCUCAGGCUCCAGAGCCUCUCUGCCAAAGGUCUCCUAUGUGAAGGCCAUUGACAUCUGGAUGGCUGUGUGCCUGCUGUUUGUCUUCUCGGCUCUGCUGGAAUAUGCUGCUGUCAACUUCAUCGCUCGCCAGCACAAAGAGCUGCUGCGCUUCCAGAGGAGGAGGCGACACCUAAAGGAGGACGAGGCAGGUGAAGGGCGCUUCAGCUUUGCAGCCUAUGGCAUGGGCCCUGCAUGUCUGCAGGCCAAAGAUGGCAUGGCCAUCAAGGGCAACAAUAAUGCACCUGCCUCCAGCAUGCCACCUGAGAAGACCGUGGAGGAGAUGCGCAAGCUCUUCAUCGGCCGCGCCAAGCGCAUCGACACGGUGUCGCGAGUCGCCUUCCCACUCGUCUUCCUCAUUUUUAACAUUUUCUACUGGAUCAUUUACAAGAUCAUCCGCAGCGAGGAUAUUCACAAGCAGUAAAUAUAAAGGGUGAGAUCCGAGCUGAAAAACCUGCCGCUGUCGCUGCCCACCGCCCCCCCACCUCUCCCCCGUGCCCACAUCCUCUCCUCAGCACUCACUUGCUUUCAGUGCCGAGUCAUUGGCAGAGGUAUUUCUCAAUAUUCAAUAUAUUUUUUCUUUCAUCUGUCCUUUUUCCUCCGGUUCUCCUAAAUAAUCUGGACCUGUGCAAUAGCAAUGCAGUAAAAUGCAUGAUAUGAAUGUGGCAAUAUAUUUACUAAAAAAUUGAAAAAAAAUAAUAAUAAAAAUGGCAACAUAAAUAUUAGACUUUCACAGAUACAUCAGAGAACCUCUGAGCAAACUGAAAUUCAAGGGCCUGUUGCUCAUGUGAGACUUUCUUUUUUCUUUUUUUUUUUUGCAACUUGAAGACAUGCUACAUUAUGGGAAUAUGAAGGAGAUUACAUGCAGCACUGUAAUAUAUCAAAUGUUUAAAAGCAAAACUCAAAUUAUUUCAAGAGAGCUUACUGGAAAACGGAAAGGUUUUAAAAGAACGCCACGCGGAUGGUUUGGUGCUUCCAUAAUUAAGUAAUGCAAGAGGCGCUGGAAUAUAUCUAUAUCUAUGUCUAGAUUUGCUUCAAUAUAUGUAUUGCAAGCACUUGUCAAUGCCCAGAAAAACAGGAUGUCAUGAUGAUGACGUCCUGAUGUCAUGAUGUCACUUUAACAGUGGAAGCUUGACGAGUGACCGUCAGAAAUAUAUUGUUUAUACCA